AUGUCCAUCGUCUCACCAACGCUCAUUCCGCGUCCACCACUGAUCCCAUUGGUCCUUCCGAAAGCCCCUCACUUCGGCCCAGUCCCACUGCCGAAGCGGGACAGGUUCUAUGGAAGAUUGACUACCCGUCGAGACCUGGAACGGGAAAUGAAUGACUUGUCAGACGAAGAAGGUGAUCUAGAGGAGAGCAAUCUGGAAGUCCGUAAUCGUGGGUUUUCUUGGUAUAUCCCCAUAGGCCGUCAUGCCACCCAAUUGGAAGAGAAAAAUGACGCAGAAGACGAUUCAGAGGGCUCAGAAAGUGGGCAGUCUGGGGACCAUUCGCCGUCAGUAGAUGGGGAGGAGAACGGCGAGUCUGGAGCAGAUCUAGAUGCAGGCAUGGAAGACAUGGACGAAGGACGCCCUUCAGACGACGUCGAUGUUACAUCUGACGAGACAGAAUACGAAGACGAGCAAUCUGACGUUUGA